UACUCCUCUCUACAGUGCUACAAAUUCCUUGACACUUUUUAUUUCAUCAACAAGAAAAUGACAGUCCAAUGGGUGUAUCAAGCCGGUACAAACUGGUACCCUUUCGAUCCACAAGCAAACUACUCGAUCGAGCAAUUGUUCCGUACCGGUUCAUCCGCUAAUGUUUAUGUCAAGGCCCUACACGGCAUGGUUUUUGUCAACGGCAUUCAACUCUACGCACAGCAAUGCGCUACACGCAUCACCAUUGCAAGAACCGGUGCAUGAUAUUGUUGCUUCAACGACCAUAUUACGAUAUCAUUUCACCUCACGUUGUUCUUCCACCAAUCCAUCACAACAGUCAAGACACGAAUACAUAGCUCCAACUAUCAAGCACUAGAGCACAUUUCUUAAAUUCACAAGUGCCACACACACACACUCGCGCACACGCGCAUAUGAAACGAAUUUUCUGUAUUUUACUUUUUUGUAUGUUGUUCGGCAAACCCUCCAGUUGUAUGUAUAUAUUAAGGGCCCUUAAUUUUUAGAAUGUAUAGUCGACUUUCCUCCUGUUUAUAUUAUAUGUAGAAUCGUAACAUCCUUCUCUUUUCAUUUGUAAUAUUACACGUCAUCAUCACCAGCAUCCCCAAUGACAUUCCUUUUUUUUCCACCACACACUUUUACCUCAAAACUAUGCUUUGAAAACGUUUAAACUAAUAAUAAUAGUUAUAAUAAAAGAUUUAUCUG